AACAGUUGGAUGGAACUAACUGGCCAGUCUAUGAGAGAAUGAGCUCUUUAUCACUUGAAACUCUUAGUGAAGCACUGCUUGAAGCACGUGGUCGAGACCAUACUGAAAAGUCGGGCUUAUCGCUGGAUGCUGCCGCUGUGAACAACUUGCGUAAGCUCUUCAUCGCCAACAGAGAUGUGGAGGUUGAACACUACGGUUCGGCGCUUGAGUACUCUGUGACGUUGCUGUUCGAUGUGCUACAGAGCACCGAGUCCACAGACGCUGCUAAGCUGGCUGCCUCAGACACCUUGUCGAUCUGGGUCAUCCGCUCAGGUUCAUUGGGCUCGAAAAAUAGGGCCUUUCAUGAUUUGAUACCGUCGUUGUUGAAUGACGAGCGUUUGGACUUUUUGUUCUCUUAUACACUGGACUACUGGAACGAGACCGGUUCUCCCUUGUCGAAUUCUCUGAAGGACUUGUUCACGAAGCUUGUGUCGCUCCUGAAACGUUACGAUUCGCAAAAGAGGUUUGAAAAUUGGACAUCUAUUGCACUACAAGUACAGGACACCAGAAGGGUCAAGUACCAUUUGCUGGAGAUCUUAUCUAAGGAACUUAAAGAUGUCCAUUAUAUCCUAAAGAAUGAUCCAUCUUUCAUACAGCGUUCAUUGUCGUUGAUCAACUGGAAAGGCUUGGGUGCACUCAUUGGACGCUGUAUCUCGUCUCUCUUGAAAAGACUCUAUGUCGACGAGGCACACGUUGGUGAAUGGGUGUCUCAAUACUGGGUGUCUGUGAUUGUCUCUUUGAGAGACCCAAAACUCCGUCAGGGGAUUCAACACCACAUAUUACCAUCUCUUUUCAAGAUAUCUCCGGCGUCGUUCAAAAUCGUUGUCCACAAGAUCGAAGACGAUGUUGAUCUGUUGAUUUCUUGUUUGAACAUUGGUCAACAGCUUGCCAUUGAGCAUGAUCCAUUUCCAAAAAUCGUAUCUAAAGAAUUGAUGGUGGAACUUCUUGUCCAAGAGAAGUACAAGACAAAGAUCUUUCAACUAUUAACAUUUUCUCCAAAAGGUUCAAGACCAAUAAACUCUCAAGUGUUUGAAAUUUUGCAACAAUACAUCCCAUUGUUCUUUGUCGAUACAGAGGUGGAAACUAGAAUGGAAUUUAUCAGCAUGUUCAAACAAUUCCUCUUCAGAAUUAAGGAUUCCUCAUAUGCAUUGAACAGAGAUGCUGCAAAGAUGAUGCAUAAAAAGGAACUCCAUGAUGAAGCACAGGAAACGUUGAAAGAGGUUGAAAUGUGUAAGGAAUUUCUCAAGUGGAUGAUUCAAUUUUUGAAAACCCUGCUAAGCCCAGGUGCUCCAUAUCAAAGACUUUCAUCUGGAUUGGUUGUACUAAGACAAAUUGUUGAAUCGAACUUGGAUACUGAAAUUCUGUUUAAUGUUGAUAUUGACUACCCUUUCAAAAUUUCUAUUUUUGAUCAAGAUUUAAAGACAUGCCUUUUAAAUGCAGUCUUGAGCACUUACAACGAUAUCCGUUCCAACGCUACUUACCUAUUGGAAGUAUCAAAGAUCCAAUGGACUGUGGAAGAGAAACUCAACUUGAUCGAGUCUGGAUUUGAAAUGCUAUCAGAUUACACCAAGGCAGAUGCAGGCUCAAAGGUAUUGGAGAUGUGUACAAAGUUGUUCAACGAUUCCCAGAUCUAUGAUAGACUUGUUGGGACCAUCCCUCUAACUUCAGAUAUCCAAAAGGGAGUUCAAAACCCAGUCGAUGGUUUCUUCCAAGCAAUACGCUUAAUACUUUGUCAUGAUAAGAAGAACAAAGACCCGCAGGCGUUGAUCGAUUUAUGCCAAAGAAAUUGGUCCUUUGUUAAGAGUAUUCUCAUUAACGAUUCACCAGAGGGCCUGGAUGAAUUCAAUGUUGGGUCGGCCCAAUUGGUGCUCAGCUUUGCAUGGAGAUCCACAAAGGAGUCAACACUGCUACUCCAAGAAGUCUUAGAUAUGAAUAUCUCAGAUGAGGAUAUUCUCAAACUAGGUGAGUUUACGUUGGAUCAACUGGCUACUGUUCGCCACAGAGGUGCAUUCUCUUCAGUGUAUCCAACAUUUAUUAAGAUUGCAUCUCUAUGUAAAAAGCGUAUGCCAGGACAAAACAAGAAAUGGCUUGAUGCAAACAUUGAAUUGAUUCAAACAAAGACACAACUUAUCACACGUCGUUCUGGUGGUUUGCCAUUCCUGAUUACAGCUGUUGUUUCUGUCGAGCGUGAACUUAUUCCCUAUGCAUUUGAUAAACUAUUUGCAGUAGCAUCAACUCCUGUGGAUGUUGCAGAAGAAUCCGAAAAGAUGGACAUCGCUCAAGUUCACGCUUUCAACUGUAUUAAGACACUAUUCAUUGAAUCUCAACUCGCGGAUUGUUGUGCUCCAUACCUUUACAAAGGACUUGAACUCUCCAUCUCGACAUUCAACUCUAAGAUCUGGUCGAUGCGUAACUGUUCAAUAAUGUUAUUUACCGCUUUACAAAACCGACUCUUUGGACAUAAGAAGUUAUCGGCUCGUGUGUUCUUUUCUAGAUUCAAGGGAAUUAAAGCAAUCUUGAUAAAGACUCUUAGAGACAUUGGAGAUGAUUUAGAAUCUCUGUUCCCAGUCUUGACCAUAUUAUCAAAGCUAGAUAGCACGCCUGGAUAUCAGGAGCUGGAUGAAUUUCUACCAUUGAUUAGGGGAUGUCUUGAAACAAAACAUUGGAAAAUUAGAGAAUGUGCCUCCAGGGCGUUACCUGCCCUUGUCACUGACUCUGUGAGGGAAUCAUUGUUUUUACUUGAUGACUGUUCAACUGCUAAUCAGAACAAGUUGCAUGGAUAUUUGUUGGCCGUUAAGGUGUUGAAUUCGAAAGAUGUCAGUGUUGGUGAAAAGUUGUUUAAGCUCUUUGAUGAUGUAUUGCUCAAAAAUGAAUGCUUUGCAACCAAAAAGGCUUAUGUUGACGUUCUUGCAUCUUUCGUCAUUCCAGAUUCUUUGAAGACUUCUUUGAAAGAAUUGUUCAUUUCCGAAAACUCUGUAUUCGAAUUAGACGGUUCCAAACAACUCUAUCUUCAAGAGCUUUUUAAGCUUGUCGUUGACAAUGAUACACUUGACAUCGGAUUGACAUCCAAGUACUUCGAAGUCAAACUCGAAUCACUAGCGUACUGUGCCACAAAUAAUGUUGAAAAUGCAGAAAUUGAGAAUAUUGCCAAAGCUCCUACAGAGUUUACGUAUGUGAGAUCUAAGGCUAUUCCAUUAGUUGAAAACUUUGAUGCUUCUGAGUUGGUUAGAUUCGCCACUGAUCAAGAAUUAUACGGUGAAGACAUCAAACGUUCCUGUUUGGAACUCCUUGGUUCGUUUGCUGCUAGGGAUAAAUCAUUGUUUGAGAAAUGGACUGACCUUAUUGAAAAGAACUCCAAUGACAAUGAACCAUUCCCGGUUCGUAUGUCAGCGUUGAAGUCAUGUCUCAGAUAUCUCAACUUGGAGAAAAAUGCACAAGUUUCUUGGUUUGUAUACCAAUUUCUCACAGAUGAUGACUUUGAAGUGAGGGACCUGGCAUCCAUCGUCUAUGGUUCUGGUAUUGAGCCAUGGGUAAACACGAAACAAUUUUCUCAAAACUUUGGUCAAACCUCUGAGGAGAUCUCAAUUGUCGUUAACGAAUUCUUGAAGUUCAACCCAUCACUCAAAACUGCUGAUGAUGGGAAAGUGUUGUUUAACAUUGAGAAAUCGAAUAUCUACAGAGUAUCGUUGGAACAGCAUCUGCAGCUAUCGCAAAUGCUUCGAAACGGCGAGCAUGCUAUGUCGAAAGAACAGAGGUCGUCUGUUAUCAACCACCUUGGUCACAUAAAGGGACGUGCUAUAGCAACCAUUAAGGCCACUGGUGGUCAGUAUGGCACUCUAACAUGGGCAAGUAACGAAGCGUUGUUGGAGGAUAUUUAUUGUAUAGUGGCACAUCUGGAUUCAUUUGGUGUAUCAUCAGCCGACGUUAGAACUAUAGCACAAGCUAACGGUUUACAUAUUGCAUUGUAAUAGAAUACUGCAUCAGGUGGAUGUUGAUGUUGAUGUAGUG